AAGUUUAACUAGUACUCUUCACAAACUACCAGUUAAAUUUAUUGGCUUUGAGAGGUAAUUUGAUCAUGCGAAUUCCUCUUAUCAACUCUCACCGAUUUGUAACACUAACUCGCACCGCAUUUGCUCGCCAGUUUUCCGUUAGUACUUCCUCUGCAAUGCCGAUCAAGGCUGGAGACAAGCUUCCUGCUGUGGAUUUGUUUGAAAAGGACCCUGGUGGGAAGGUGAACUCUGGAGAAUUAUUUGGGAAGGGAAAACACAUCAUUUUUGCUGUACCAGGGGCUUUCACACCAGGAUGUUCAAAGACUCACUUGCCAGGUUACGUUCAGCAGUGUGAUGCCUUGAAAUCCAAGGGAGUAGAUAGCAUUGCCUGCAUCUCUGUCAACGACCCAUUUGUCAUGGACGCCUGGGGCGAGGCACAGGGAGCCAAUGGAAAGAUCAAAAUGUUGGCAGACACUUGUGGAGAGUUCACAAAGGCUGUUGACAUGGAAAUUGAUCUAGCAGCUGUCCUUGGAAACAAGCGUUCAAAGAGGUACUCUAUGGUAGUGAAAGAUGGCGUUGUGGAGUCUGUAAAUGUUGAACCAGAUGGAACUGGUUUGACCUGCAGUCUGGCAGAGAAGAUUCAGGUGUAGAAGAAUAGUCACCGAUAAACAUGUAUCUACAUGUAUAAUCAGAUAGAAGGUUGUAAUCGUCAAGUCUUUAUUAGAAACACAGCAUGAAAUUUUAAUGGUUCAAGUUUUAUUGUUAAAUUCUGUGUGGUUUUUCAGUGUUGAUAUAUCAGCAAAUAUACAUGUUGUUCUCUCAAACUCAAAAUAAUACUCUGAGAAAUACAUUUAGUGCUUAAAAGAACAUUUCAUUAUGCUGAUUUUCUAACACAUGGUAAAACGAUAUAAAGAUUUAGAUCUUUUUUUUAGUGAGGUACAUGUACCUGUAUACAUCUCAUUAUGUAAAAAUAAUAUACUCCAUUUUUUUGUUAAGAUCUUUUAGUCUUGUUGAAGGUGCUUUGGUAAAAGAUUUUGAUGUUGUCCUGAUUGUUGUUUUAAUUUACCGGUACUAAUUAUUAUGUACAUGUAUAUGCUUUCCAAGAUGCAUAAAUUUCAUGCAAAAUUUUAUUAUACAUUUCAGCAUUAUAAUUUUAAUUUUUUUUUAAAUUGCAUUUAUGUUAGCCAAACUUAUAAAGUAUAAUUUUCUGAAGCAUUAAGAAUAUUAAACAUUCUAUGCAGCAUUUUUUUCCACCAGUUUAUUUACAAAGUAAUAUGUUUGAUGUAUUUUUACAUUGAUACAUGGACAUGCUUGGAGUAUUGUGUGCAAAAAUAAAAUAGAAGAAAAGAGAA